ACGAAUACUGCUUAUCACGAUUACAACCGCGGUUUUUUAACACUUUUUCUACAAUUUUAAAUCUAAACUGUGAGAAUCAUAGUAUAAAAUUAUGUGCGCGAUAUUGCAAUUAGCAAAAUUAAAAAUCUACGCGCGGUUCGCAAUGUUUUCACUGUCAAAAUUCUAAAAUCUACGUAAACCGAGCGCUGGCCAUCUUCUGGCACCACGCACACACAGGUCACUAGUGACGAUGACUGUGGAGUAGCUCUCGGUGUGGAUAUCAUCUGCUUCCACUUUGACGAAAAAUCUUGUAGAUUUAGUAGUUAAGAUUGUUUAGAAAAUACGACGAGACUUUUUGAUAACUUUUGUAUCACUGAAGAUGAGUCGAAAAGAAGCGUUGUCUCAAUUUAUACAACAAAUUCACGGACGACCUGUAGUUGUAAAAUUGAACAGCGGUGUUGAUUACAGAGGUGUGUUGGCUUGUAUCGAUGGCUAUAUGAACAUAGCACUGGAACAAACAGAAGAAUAUGUUAAUGGCCAAUUAAAGGACAAAUAUGGAGAUGCUUUUAUAAGAGGAAACAAUGUGUUAUACAUUAGUACGCAAAAACGUAGAAAUUAAUUAAAUUAAACUGUAAUAUAAAAAUAUACAAGAACACACGAGAAGGGCUCAAAAAUAGUCACAUGUUUUUUCAAUAAAAGCAUACGAAAUUUAUCUUAAUAUUA